UACUUCCACGUCGCCUCUCUCAAGUCCUCCAACAAACACCUCGCAGAGCAGCAAACUGAGACGCCGGAGCCGCAGAAGAUGGUAUCGACCCUCAUGGCCCCCGCCUCCCGCGCCGUCGCCGGCAAGACGCCAUUCCUCGGCGCCCGCCCCGCCGUCGCCAGCCCCCUCCGCGACGUCGCCGCCGCCGCGUCCAACGGCAGGAUCUCCAUGAGCAACGAGCUGUGGUACGGGCCAGACCGGGUGAAGUACCUGGGCCCAUUCUCGGCCCAGACGCCGUCAUACCUGAGCGGCGAGUUCCCGGGCGACUACGGCUGGGACACGGCCGGGCUAUCGGCCGACCCUGAAGCCUUCGCCCGGAACAGGGCGCUGGAGGUGAUCCACGGGCGAUGGGCGAUGCUCGGCGCCCUCGGCUGCGUGUUCCCGGAGGUGCUCCAGAAGUGGGUGGGCGUGGAGUUCAAGGAGCCCGUGUGGUUCAAGGCGGGCGCCCAGAUCUUCUCCGAGGGCGGGCUCGACUACCUGGGAAACCCCAACCUGGUCCACGCGCAGAGCAUCCUGGCGGUCCUCGGCUCGCAGGUGCUCCUCAUGGGCCUCGUCGAAGGGUUCCGCAUCAACGGGCUCGACGGCGUCGGGGAAGGCAACGACCUUUACCCGGGCGGGCAGUAUUUCGACCCGUUGGGACUAGCCGAUGACCCUGUCACUUUUGCUGAGCUCAAGGUGAAGGAGAUCAAGAACGGCCGGCUCGCCAUGUUCUCCAUGUUCGGGUUCUUCGUGCAGGCCAUCGUUACCGGGAAGGGGCCCUUGGAGAACCUCUUCGACCACCUUGAUGACCCCGUCGCCAACAACGCCUGGGUUUUCGCCACCAAGUUCGCGCCUGGGUCUUAGGCCCUGGCACGGCACGGCGCCUGGUCCGCCAUUGUAAACUACUCUUCUCUGUGUGUAUAAACGUACCAUGCGUGCAAAUUGCAAAGAAUGGUCGAUGUGGAUUAAGGAACUUCAGAUAAGUGGAGGUUUUUUUGGUUCGUUUUGUGU